CUUUCUCUUUCAUCCCAUUUUCUUCAAACCAAGCUAAAAUCUCUCUCCUCCUCCUUUCUUUCUCUUUCUCUCUCUUCACAACUAGAAAUACUUGCUAACAAUUUUGAAAAUUUUAGGGGGAAGACAACCUAUUUUUAGUUUUUCUCCUUUUCUCGUUCUUGCCAUUUCGAUCCGCCAUUUUCGUACCUCCUCUCUUCGCAAUCUUAAUAUCGGUUUUGAUAGUGUUUGAAGAUUGAUGGUGGCUACAAUCAUGAAUGUUGCUAAACAGUUGAUCUCUAUUCAUCCGGAGGAGCUCAAAUUUCUAUUUGAGCUGGAGAAGCAAAGCUUCUGUGACCUCAAAGUUACCAACAACACUGACCAGAAUGUUGCUUUUAAGGUCAAGACCACUUCUCCCAAGAAGUACUAUGUACGACCCAACACUGGUGUUUUACACCCUUGGGACUCAUGUGUCAUUAGAGUCACUCUUCAGGCUCAACAGGAAUAUCCUCCAGAUAUGCAGUGCAAGGAUAAGUUUCUUCUGCAAAGCACAAUUGUGUCUCCUAAUAGUGAUGUCGAUGAUCUUCCACAAGAUGCUUUUACCAAGGACAGUGGAAGGACAAUUGAAGAAUGUAAACUCAAGGUUGUUUAUGCCUCUCCCAACACAGCUCAGGCUACUACAGAUGAGGACUCUACCAAUAAGUCCGGCAGAGGCCUAAACGCUCAGAGCAAUUCAACAGUUGACGAUAAACAGAUUUUACAGCGCGUGAAAGAGGAAAGAGAUGCAGCUGUUCGACAAACGCAACAACUCCAACAAGAAUUGGAACUAUGGAGGAGACGUAGGCAACGCAGAAACAACUCCGGCUUUACAUGCAAGUUUGCUCUCGUUGUGGCAACUAUUGGUAUUAUGCUCGGCAUCCUGUUAAAACUUUCUUUGUCUUCAACGCCUUCGCCUAUAGAGUAGAUUACCUUCAUCAGUGCAGAAGAAAAGUUUUACUUUUUGCAUCUUUAGUUUUAAACCAUUGGUCUCCAUCUUAUUUCAGGGUGGCUCUUAAUUUCUGUAUAUUAUCAUUAAAAUUUGUUUCUGCUGUUUUCGUCCCUUUUUUUCUGUUUCAAAAUCUUUAUCACCUCUUGUGCUUUGUCUCCCUCUAUUUCCUAUAGUGCAGAGUUUUCUUCUUAUGUAUAUGAUUAUUACAAAUGACUUCACUUAUUUAUGUGCAUUUGCUAUCAAUGAAUCAACUUUUCUUCAUUUAUAUAAGGGCAAGAUGGUAUAUAUUUAGCCCUUUCAAAUAAUGUCCUAGAAAACUCAAAUUUCCAAAAUAUAGUAGUCACAUCCAUUUUAUCCAAAUAUAGUUCACA